CUUUAAUAAAGCCCUGUACCGCCUGGCUACAUUCAAUGCGGCGCUGCGGUACUGCGCCGGUGUUCAGCUAGUUGUGAUCGGUAGCUGGGGGGUUUGUAAAAUAGUUUCAAAAUAUUAUCGAAAAAUCAAGCUAUCCACCAAAACCACCAUUCCACUCUGGUUCCCAAUGCAUCAUGAGAUUCAACUGCUAAUCUGCUUGGCACCGGGAUCGGAACGAGAUACGGGCUCCACCUGCCCAAUGCAGUGUGCCGGAGCGAGCAACUGGUCGGGAUUCUCGGGAAUGACUCCCGCCGAUGAUUCACGUGGGGGGGAGAAAGAUAAGAUCCCCGAGUAUAUAUAUACAUAUCCAGCUCAAGCCUCACUUUUCACCACUCCACCACUCCACCACAUUCACCCUAAGCCACGUCAUCAUGGUAACUACACACUCAAUGCAACCGCAGACUACCGACGCCCUCUACCUGGACGACGCCACUCUCACCACCACAACCACAACCAUCACCUCCUACCGCCCCAUCUCCGCCCUCAGCGACCCCGAAAAGACCCUCGCCAAGAACAUCCCGCCAGAGAACCACUAUGCCCUCACCACCCGCCAAACCGUCUUCUACCCGCAAGGCGGCGGCCAACCCAGCGACACCGGCGUGAUCCUCCUCCCGGGCACCAACGAUGACGACCUGACAAACCCAUACACCUUCGAAGUCCUCCUCGUCCGCAAGACCUCCGACGGCGAAAUCCUCCACUUCGGGCACUUCACCACCCCGGAGUUUCCCCUCUCCCUCGCCUCCAACGCCCUCGCCACGCAGACCAUCAACGCGAUCACCCGCAACUACCACUCCCGGCUCCACACGGCAGGCCACAUCAUCGGGCUUGCGAUGCGCCUGCUCACCCCGGAACUUGGGGAGCGGAAGAAGGUGAAAGCCAACCACGCGCCACGCGAGGCGUGCAUGGAGUUCGAGGGGCUGCUGUACAACGAGCACCGGCCGCUGAUCGAGGGGAAGGUGAACGAGCUGGUGCAGCGGGCGUUACCGGUACACAUCUCUUGGUGGGAGGAGCGGGAGAUCGCGACCAAAGAGCUGAACAUGGUGGAGGGGUUGCAGGUCGGGCAGGGCGGAAAAGUGCGCAUCGCGGAGAUUGCGGAUCUGGAUGCGAACCCCUGUGGGGGCACGCAUGUGGCGCACACGGGGUUGACGGGGUAUAUUACGAUUCGGAAGGUGAGUCGGCAGAAGGGGGUGACCAAGUUGUCGUAUGAGGUGCCGGUGGAGGUGCAGUUGGGGUGAUUAGGGUAGUGGUUAUAGAUGUGGGCUUGGGAUUCUAUAGGUAUAGAAUUGUAGAACAGAAUUUCAUGGCCUGAUCUGCGG